UGCCUCUCUUCUUCACUCCGCCAUCGUGAUUCGUGGCCUGGAGUCUUCCUCGCCAUGUCUUCUCACAAGACCUUCAGAAUCAAGAGAUUCCUGGCCAAAAAACAAAAACAAAAUCGUCCCAUUCCCCAAUGGAUUCGAAUGAAAACCGGCAAUAAGAUCAGGUAUAACUCCAAGAGGAGACACUGGAGAAGAACCAAGCUGGGUCUGUGAGGAACUGUGCUAAAACAGAUGGAACACAUAUUUUGUGCUGUAUCAACAUCACUAUCUCCUUGACUGUAUCAAGCUAAGGAUGCCACCAUCGUAUGGACAGCUGGACAUGUUUGAUUGAGACCCCUUAGUAGUGGGUUGGUUCAGUAAUAAAUAUGUGAGACAUUUUUAA